GAAUUGGCAUCGAACAUCCAAUUUCGUAUAUACGGUUUGAACAUAAUACUUAUUCCUAUACUCCGUUCUACUUAGUAGUAUCCCGGCUGUCGGAUCCCCCUAUGUACAGCGGUCAUCCUUAAACUUCCAACAUGACCACCCUGUCGCUAUCCUGGCGAGAAUUUUUAAAUUUGCGGUUUCCUUCUCAUCCCAGGAUUAGGGAUCCCGCUUCGACUCAAACAGUACCAUAUUCUGCCAACAUACCACCGGAUCCGGAGGAAUUUCUGCGUCAGAGCAGCUUGGAUUCCAGUCUCCAAGACCGAGCACUUCGUCCGUUGAAGACAUUCUUAGAGCAAAUAGGCGUAAUCGAUGAUCCAGUACCCCCCACCGUUACUAUGAGCAUCUCGAUGUUGUUCGAGGAAGUUGCAAGUCAAAAACUCGAAAGCGAAUACGACGUCUUAUGGAUACUGCAAAACGUACGAGCGGUUGUCUCAAAAGUCAUCUCUGCCCUUGAAUGCCCCCUCUCUGUAGCUCAACUGCAUCCAGAGCCAGGCAAACUGAAUUUCCUAACCCAAAAUCUCGACCAUCCGGACGUCAUAAUCAAAGCAGUCGCUGCGGACCCAAAUCAUCCUCAGGUACUUUAUCGGUACGCGACGGAGCUCCAAGAGUCGCAGGUCUAUGAACCUAUAGGUCAGGAGGGCGGUAGGGCUAUAGCCGUCCAAAUAUGGCUUCGCGAGUACACCUUUACGCCACAGGCAGAUUUCGGCUUGUUUUUUAGCGGGAUAUCCGCUAUUUUGACAGAACGUGUGACAUACAAUAGUGGAGAGCACGCUUUACUGGUGUCCCCGCACUACCAUCUUUUUGAUGACGACAACCCUCCCGUGUACGACUUCUGUACGCCCCACGACGAAGGUGGACUUCCACUUUUGGCAGUUCUGACCAGUCUACUACUUCCUGGCAUCAUCCUGGACGCCAUUCCUCAGCUGCCAGCACUGGCAAACCCUCUCAAGAUGCGCUCCCCGGGAAGGUUGAGUCUCUCGUCCAAGCCGAAACAGGACAAACCGGCUCCUAUUGAAGAAGAUGUUGUGAUUAUCGACCCCCCACCAUCGGCACUGUUAUUCUAUGUGGAUCAUGUUGGCGCAUCUGCGGCUCCUCGCACACUUUUUCGUUAUGGGAGUUUAUCCUUGGGUAAUUCCGUUGGCCUACCGCCUCUGUCACUCUCUGGUAGUGCUAGCAGCUCUGUUGCGCCCAGCCCUGCGGUAUCUUCUCCUCCGUCCAUCUCGACUAAUCCAAUAUCUUGGUCCGUGACCAUCUCACAGGAAAUUCAUCGAGGCAACUAUGCUCGGGUCUGGCGUGGCACCCUUAGCGACGGCUCCUGCAUUUCUCCACUGGUGGUCAAGAUGUAUCCGCGGCGGCAUUUCGACGUGAUGAAGAAAGAGAUCAAGGCCUACCAAUACCUUCAUAGCCAUCAACUGUUCGAUAUCACUCCUGCCUACUAUGGCGCAUUUGCCAUGCCCGACCAAUUCUGGGCCGCCAUAAUCUUGGCUAAUGGUGGAGAGAAUGAAUGUUUCAAGGAUCGUUCUUGGGAGAGAGCAGGUUUUAGUCCACAUGAGCUGAAGGUCAUCUGGAAUCACUGCAAAGCCCUUCAUUCUAUUGGCAUGGCCCAUCAGGAUCUCCAGCCCAGGAAUAUCACGAGAGAUGCAAAGGGGGUUAUUCGCAUCAUUGACUUCGAGUAUGCAUUAUACAACCAUUCUUGUGAUCUCAUGUCUUGCUUGGAACUCAGCAGUUUGGGCUGUCAAUUUGACUCUUUUGCGGAAAGCUGGCGCGAGUGAUGUACAUUCUGUUUGUACACCCUAUCUAC